UAACACGGAAGCAGACUUGCAGCCAACACCGUGACUGUGUUGACUCGGUUCAGUUCGGCUCAGUUCGGCUCGGCUCGGUUCAGCUCGGCUCGGUUCGCUUGGCACCGUCUAUUAGUGUGUUUCCAUUGGCUGAAACUGUGGAUAGUACCUGAUACUUUUAUUUUUUAUUAGUGAAGGUUUCUGUCACUGCUUCCGGAGGUGUUCUGAGAAAAGUUGUAAUUUAUAAGUAUUUAAUUUUAAUUAAAUUUUUUGAACGUCAUGACCUCAGCUAACGUCUUUACUUUGACAAAAAUGACCUUGUUGUCGUUUUGCAUUUUUCUUUCGUGUCUGCUGUUUUUCUCCUCAGCCAAAACAAACGACAGACCCAUCAUUGGUGUUCUGGCUCAGGAGGUUUAUUCUCCCAAACCGAACCAAAGCUCUUACAUCGCCGCCUCCUAUGUGAAGUUCCUGGAGUCAGCAGGUGCAAGGGUCGUACCCGUCAUGAUUAACCAGACACUGGAGGAGUACAAGACCCUGUUCAACUCCAUUAACGGGAUCCUCUACCCGGGCGGAGGUGUCAGCAUUAUUUCAUCUGGUUAUGAAAGGGCUGCAAAAAUCUUUUACGACUUGGCCAUUGAGGCAAACAAGAGAGGCGAUUAUUUCCCCGUGUGGGGAACCUGUCUUGGCUUCGAGCAGCUGGCCUACUUGACGAGUGGAGAGUCACUACUCUCACACACAAACACAAGCGGCGUGGCGUUACCUCUGACCUUCACUAAUGAAGCCAAAGGCAGCAGGAUGUUUAAAGGCUUCCCAGCUGAACUCAUGAAGGAUCUGUCUUCGCAGCCGCUGACAGAAAACUCUCACAAGUGGAGUCUGGCAGUGUUGACUUACAACACAAACGAGGAGCUGAAGAAGUUUUACAAAGUUCUCUCCACAAAUACGGACGGAGACACAGAGUUUGUGUCCACAGUGGAAGCGUAUGAUUACCCAAUUUAUGGGACACAGUGGCAUCCGGAGAAAAAUGCAUUCGAGUGGACGAGGCCGUACAUUCCACACUCACCGUCGGCGAUCAAGACCACCUUCUACAUGGCUGAUUUCUUCGUCAGUGAAGCCAGGAAGAACUUUCACAGAUUUGAAUCCAAGGAGGACGAGAGCAAAGCGCUGAUCUACAACCACAGUCCUGUUUACACCGGGAUGCAGAGCGCCUUCGAGCAGAUCUAUUUUUUCUAAACCCUUCUGAUGUCCGAGUGCUGAUUGGCCCUCUCAGUCACGUGACUUGCGAAUGUUUGCAGAUGAUUUGAUUGUUUGAUUUAGUCUCUGCUGCUCACUUCAUUUGUUUAAUCUGCAAACUAAACCAAGCAGUAAAACAGGACAAAUGUAGACAUGCACAAUAAUCCUUGAUGCUGGGAAUCAUGCUUUGUGACCGCUGCAGCUGUUUUUACAGCCGAGUCAUUGAAUGUCAUUACAGACGAUGAACAAAA